AUGCUUCAGAUCUUUGAAAUCGUCGAACUCGAACUGCAGGAUGGCGACGACGACGAAGGAGACAACGAGAUAAAUCAGAUGCUCGGUGAAUCUGAGUCGUUUUUGGGAGACGCGCUUAUGACCAAUCUGAUUCAGGAGCUUAGAUAUAAACUUCUGCUUAUCGGCGAGUACAGAUUGAAUGGACAAAUAAUCAACAUAGACAAAUUCAGAUCCAACGAGAACGAGUCGUUGGACUACUUGAUAAUUUCCACGAAAUUGGCAAAAGUGUCUGUUAUCAAAUGGGAUCCUCAAUUGCAUGCCAUUUCCACUGUCAGCUUACACUACUACGAUACAGCGCUAGAUGCAUUGACGGUGGAAAAGCUCGAGAAGACUAGUAUCCAGCAUAGAACCGACCCAAACUCUCUAUGCACAUGUUUACGACUCAACGAGCUGUUCACUUUCCUGCCAUUCUACAAAGAGUACUUGGAGGAGGAAGAGCUGAAAGAUGAUGCAGAAGAAGCUAAGGACGUGAAAAAGAAAAAGAAGCUUUUUACGGAGAGCUUUAUUCUAAAUGCCUCUUCUCUAUAUCCAGAUAUCAGAAACAUUGUGGAUUAUCAAUUUUUGCAUUCCUAUAGGGAGCCCACGAUGGCAAUCCUAUAUGCCCCUGAGACAAUGACAUGGGCUGGACACCUCUCCAAGGCCAAGGAUACGCUGAAAGUGAUCGUUCUGUCGCUGGAUCUUGAAAAUAAGAAAGCCUCCACCAUCAUGGAACUUACUAACUUGCCUUACGACAUUGACUAUAUAUGUCCUCUAGAAAGUCCCACGAAUGGAUUUUUACUGGUUGGGUCGAACGAAAUUAUCCAUGUCAAUUCCCUUGGGUCUAUCAGAGGUGUUUAUACAAACGAGUAUUUCACCGACAUUUCAAAUUUGAAGCUCAAAGAUCAGUCGUCGCUCGAUUUAAUGUUAGAAAACUCCCGUGUUGGGCUUGUGAAAGAAGACCAGGUUCUGAUAAUCACUGAGUCUGGCGAGUUUUACCAGUUGAAUUUUGAGAAAAUUGGAGGCAACUCCACUAUCACUGGUCUUCAAAAAGUCGACACUGCGAAUUAUAAAGGCAUAGCGGUAAACCAUCCGAUAAUGAUCACCAGCGUUCCCUCAUUAGACCUCUUUUUUGUUUGCUGUCAAGGCGGGGACUCUUUACUUAUCCGGAUUAGCAGUAAGAGUGGUGUGCUUCCUCAGGAAACUAAAGAGCAGAAUGGUGGCAAAAAAGAGACUAAGGAUGAUGAUGACUGGCUAUACGAUGAGGAAGACCAAAAAAGUCUCAAGAGCUCUCUGAUCAACUCGCAAUUCAAGAAAAUGGACAGUAUACAAAACUGUGGGCCUCUAGUCGAUUUCUCUAUAGGCAGAGUUUCCACAGAGCAGAAAAUCAUGGGGCUGCCAAAUCCGAACUAUAAUGAAGAUGUUCUUGUUGGUGCCUGUGGAGUGGGCCGGAAUAGCUGUGCUUGUGUGUACUCUCCAACCAUCAAGCCUAUCGUGAAGUCGACGUUGAAAUUUUCCAAUGUCGACAAGGUGUGGACUUUGACGAACAAAAGCGGCUUCACUAGAUAUCUCAUCACAACCGAUUUCACAAACUUCAAGACAGAAGUGUUCCAAGUGAAUAAGAAUUACAAGAAUCUCUACUCCAAGGACUUCAACAAUAAACAAUACACUCUUCAGUUUGGCACGAUCACCACAGAUGCUGAGAACCGGAUCGUCCAGGUGACGCCGUACAAAGUGACAGUUUUCACAUUCAAGUUCCAGGAGGUUGUCGCGCUAGAGUAUGAUUUUGAAAUCAACUCUACUUUCAUCUACGGCAACUACAUUGUAGUGAUUAUGAAAAGUGGUGAGCUUGAUAUUUUAGAAUUUAAGGGAGACAAACUUGAGAAGCUUGAUUUGCCGGCACUGCUGAACUACUUGAUUUUCACCAAUGGGUGGAUUUGCGAGUCCUCGUUGCUGAAUCAUUUGGGUAGCGGUGCCGUCAAACGAGAUUCUGAAGGCACGCCUGUGAGCGAAACAGAAAAUAGCAAGAGCGAAAUUCUUUUUUGGCUCGUGACAGCCGAUAAUCGAUUGUUGGUAUUCCAAAAGGAUCAUAAGGAGAAAGUGUUUGAGUUCACAGAUAUUCACAAGUUUCCAGAGCUUCUGACCCUGAAUCCUAUGGAUGUCAAUUAUGAAGCAGAUGUGGAUCCCAUUAUUAAGCAAAUCAUGUUUACGAAACUUGGUAACAGCUCCAGCUCUAAGGAUUAUCUCGUUGCAUUAACUUUUGGAGGAGAGGUCCUCAUCUACGAAACAUUCUUCGAUCCUAUAGAAAGAACAUACAAGCUGAUGAAGAUCAACGAAAUGUGUCAGUUCCCGAUUGUCGGUGCUCCGGACAAUUCUUAUGCUCACGCGACGAAGAUUGAAAGAUACCUCAUCACCGUGGACAAUUUCCAAGGGUACAAAGCUGUCUUAGUGACUGGGGCAAGUGCAUUUGUGAUACUCAAGGAGCACAAUAGUAUUCCUCGGAUGCUACAGUUCACCAAAAGAUCUUCGCUCUACUUCGCCGAGUACAACACUGAUAGAUGUCCGAACGGUGUGAUCUCGAUUGACGAAACCAAAGCCUGUCGUAUAUGCCAAUUAGAUAGCAGCUACACCUAUUCGAACAGGUUGCCAAUAGCCAAGUACACGAUUGGAGACAAGACAAUCAACAAGAUUAGAUACCACUCUCUAUCAAACACCUAUAUCAUAUCCACCUUGGAGGAAGGUCCCUACAAUCCUGUCGAUGAGGAUGGAGAGCCACUCCCUGGAUUACGGGAUGAUAGAAAGCUAAAGUCGACAUCUUUAAAGGGUACGGUUCACUUGGUUUCUCCUGCCAAUUGGACAAUCAUCGAUACGAUUGAACUCGAAGACAAUGAGUAUGUGACGUCGAUUGAGGUGAUUGAAGUGAAGGUUUCGGAGACCAUUGCGACCAAAACAGUGGUUCUAAUUGGAACCGCAAGAUGCAGAAAUGAGGAUCUCGCUACACAUGGAUCUUGGAAGAUUUACGAGGUGAUCGAUAUCGUUCCGGAGCCUGGAAGACCAGAAGCAAAGAAUAGAUUGAAAAUGAUUACAUCAGAGACAGCAAGAGGUCCUGUACUCUCCAUUUGCAACAUUAGCGGUCGUUUUGCAAUUGUUCAAGGACAAAGAAUGCUUGUUCGUACUUUGCAGAAAGACGACAAUGUGGCUCCUGUUGCCUUCACCGACACGUCCAUAUAUUCGAAGGAGGUGAAAACUUUCAAGAACCUCGUACUCAUAGGAGAUGCAUUUCAGAGUGUUUCGCUUUAUGGCUUCGAUGCCGCUCCGUACAGAAUGCUGCAUUUUGGAAAAGACGAGCAGGAUGUUGAAUUGCGAGCUGCUGACUUUUUGGUGCACGACGGAAAUCUGCAUAUCUUGGUGGCAGACGAAGAUUCUGUGUUCCACUUGCUACAAUAUGAUCCUUAUGACGGGAACUCUAUGAAAGGUCUAAAGCUCUUGCGCCGGUCGCUGUUACGUUCGAAUGCGCUUACAACAAAAAUGAUUUCGGUUGCAAGAGACAGAUCCCUGUUUUCAAUGGUGAGCACGCUGAACCACGAAGACGACUUGGGCUACGAGAUCAUCGGCAGCAAUAUCGACGGCUCAUUUUACAAAGUGAUGCCGGUCAACGAGUACCAGUACAGAAGACUGUACUCGAUUCAAAAUUAUCUCUACGACAAGGAGCUGCAUUGGCUUGGUCUGAAUCCGAAAUCCAACGCCAUUGGAGGUCUGACGGAGCUCAUGCCCUCAGUCAAAAGACCGUUUAUUGAACUCAACAUGUUCCAUCGGUUUAUUGGAUUCAAUAACGACAGGAAAAAGCAAAUCAUGCAAAAGUUGGGCAAAAACUCAUACGUUGAGGUGUACAAAGAUAUAAUAUCUCUGCAAUAG